AAAAAGAUAAAAAAAAAAAGAGGCUAUCUAUAUGCAUGUCAUAUGAGUGGACUUGACUAAGAAAAGGAAGUAUAAUGGCUAGUUUAACCAAAGGAUACAUAUAUUUCAAGACCUCUUGUCAAGAAUGGUUUAGUUAUAUCAAAGCAUUCUUUGUUGGUCAGGGGAAGAAGAUGAGAGCAAAAAGUGAGGAGGAAUUGACAGAGGCUGAUAUGGUGAAAGCAAAAAUGGAGGUUGAGGCUACUGAUGAAGCAGAAAACACCAAAAAACAACUUCACAAAUCAAGUUGAUUUUACUAAUAUGUUUCUUUUACAUUGUCUAAUAAUAUAUAUGUUUGAUUAGGUCGAUGGUUUUUUUUUAAUUCUUGCUUUGGUAUAUUAAAAAUAUAUAAUAUAAUAUGCAUGAUACAAUUACCGCUCUAAUGGAUAAUAUUUUGAGAGGUUAUGUGUUUUAACAUUAAAAUAUUAAAUUUGUAUUUUAAUGGAUAUAAAUUGACUAGG